AUGAAAGUCACAAUUACAUUGUUAGUUGUCUUAGCUCUUGCUAAUGCUGGUAUGGUGCAAAAGUUCCCACUUACAUAUGGUGGCAAAAGAAGCCUCAUGAACAUCAUGGUUGAAGUUGAAAACAAGAUUAAAUCUCAUUCACCUCUUGACACAAUCAAAGGAGUUCUUGAUAACUUCAAAUCAGCAGUUGCUUAAGAAUAAGGAACUCAUGAUGAAGUCUAUACUGCCCAAUUAGCUGAAUGCGAAAGUGAAAUAUCCUACAGAAGGGCCGAAGUUGAAGACUCUGUUGGCACACUCAAAAUCGCCAAUGGUAUUCUCAAGACUUCAAAUAUCUUAUUGACCAAGACUUAAGCAACACUUGGAGAAACUGAAAAUAUAUUAAAUUCUGUAUCCCUCCAUAUUGAUCUUAUCAAUGAUGUCAGAAAAGAAGAUACAUAAUCUUACAAUAGAGGAGCUGUUACAUUCAACGAUGCUAUCAAUGCUAUCGAUGAUGGAAUCGAUCUUGGUGUUGCUUUGGUCAAAGGUGAAGCUAGCUUAAUCCAAGUAGCUGAUAUGACCACCAAAUUGAUGAUGGCUUCAGUUGCCACAAAGAUGAACAAGGCUUUCAUGGCCCCAUUAGCUGCUUUAGCUUCCAUCAAAUAAGAAGAAGAUGCUGCAGGUGCUGCUGAAAGACUCGUCUAAUUAUUAUAAACUUUAAGAUCUAAUGUUGAAGAAGCUUGGGCAUCAUACACCACUGAAAAUACCAAAGCUUUAGCUCUUUUCACCCAAUAAAAGGAUUUAUAUCUUGCUACUUAAGGAAGACUUUCAGAUUCAAAAGAUAAAUUGGUUAUUAAGGCUGAAAACUUACAAGGUGUCAUCUCAGUUCAAACUGCCAUUGCUUAGGCCGCUACAAACAAGAAACAAAGAAACCAAACCUUAUGGGAUGAUGCAGCUGAUUUGUGCCACAGCUUUGAUGUUGAAUAUGAGGCUGUUACCGAAGGAAGAAGAUAAGAAUUAAUUUUGGUUUAAGAACUAGAGAGAGCUGUUGAGAGAAGAGCCGCUGAAUAAAUAUGA